GUCAUCAGCACCGACAACGGAUCAAAGGACGGCGUCGAAGACAGCAUAUCGGAAAUAUCCUUAUUGUUGCCCAGCAGCGUAGCCUAGUUCGCUUGGUGUCAGCGGCCCCUGCGCAUCAAUGUCGUCAGCGCCACUUUCGUUGCUGGUGGUCGGACUGGGCUGGCGGCUGCUGCGCGGAAUCACGGCAUCGUCUGUGCUGCUACGGCCCACAGUGUUCAGCGCUGCGAAUAUGUCUACUACAUCAUUGUUAGAUUGGCGGUCAGCACCGUUCGCGGUAUCCGUGAGCCCAGACACGAGCUCCUCGAGCCAGCUAGGAGACUCGGUCAUCAUGUUUGAGGCCAACUGUUGGCUGCUGCCGGCAGCGUACGAGUCAGACGCUCCGGCGCGCACGCCCACCUCACUUUCUCUACUAUUCGCGCCGAGAUAUUUACCUUGCGUUAGGCCUGCGCUGGCCGACCGCAGACUACUAUCGGGAAGAGUAGUGCGGCCAGAGCCAGCUGUGUACAGGCCACUAGACAAGCCAGCGGCCGCAGCCUGCCUGGAGGCGGCCGCAGCAGCGGGCUUUGGCCAGCGUGUGCUUAGGAGUGCUUCUUGGAGUGCCGCCGCUCCUCCUUUCCAGUCACAGACGAUGCCUUCCGCUUCUUCGCCCGCUUGCGCAGCGACGACAUCGCCAUGUCCUGUGCAAAGUACUGGCUCAUGUUGUCGCUAUCGAACGGCCAGGUGCACUCGACAUUCGGGCACAUUGCAAACGUGCAGUUGGUGUCGACAUCAAAGCUCUCGAUGCUGGUGGCGCACUUGGGGCAGCACGUUACGCGCGUCUUUCCGGUAGGGACCGUGGCUACUGUGGGUACGAGAACUGCCGCCAUGCUGUGUCAGACUGAUGUUGGGCGCGAGUUUGCCUUAAUCGCUUGUGGUAAAAAUGGAGAGAUUGGGAGGAAAGGUGCCUAAAAGCAGCGAAAAAAAGGAAAAUAAAGUCAAAAAUACAGAAAAUCACAAAAACCACUGCAAGAAAAUAUUUUUUGUCUCGG